CCAGAUGUGGUCCAAUCAAUGUGUGUGGGAUCAUGGAUUUCUCGAAUUUGGUGAUGAGUAUCCUCAUCCCGUUUCCUUCAAAGGACAUGUAGGUCAAAAUCUUGCAAGAGAAUGGGGCAAAUUACAAAACCCAGAGGAUCGCGUGACGCAGUGGUACAAGGAGUACAAGUUUUACAAGUUUAGCAAGUUUGCGAGUCCAAUGACAGCUGCUCAGUGUUCCAGACAGCCUUGCGGGCAUUACACACAGCUUGCGUGGGCAACAUCAAGAUAUGUAGGAUGUGGAGUAAAUUGGUGUGAUAAAGAAUUUGGCCCACCACAUCCCUGGAUUCCUGGAGAGACAAUUGUUACUUGCGACUAUGGUCCAACGGGUAACAUAAUCGGACAAUAUCCGUACAAGACUGGUGCUCCAUGCAGCAAAUGCUCAUCUGGUAAAGGCUUCUGCUACAAGAACCUGUGUCGGGACUGUGAUAACUUUGACAGCGAAUGUGGUAAAAGCCUCACACAAGCAAUGUGUACUUCCAGUCGUGAAUUAAUGGCUAAGAAAUGCCCAAAGAUGUGCAGCUUGUGCGAGUGCCCACUGAAAUGUCAACAUGGCGGAACAGUGAACCUUCAAAACUGUGUUUGCUCAUGUCCUUCCGGCUGGAAGGGCAUGGACUGUUCAGGGAAGGUUUGUCCUCCUGGUUUCUACGGUGAAAACUGUGAAAUCCGCUGUUACGACGCCGUCGGGAAAGACACUUGUGAAUGGCGAGUGAAGAAUGGGCACAACUGUAAAGUACACUAUAUGAUGGUUGAUUGCGCCGCUACAUGUGGAUACUGUGAUGACGGCAGCAAAAUCACCACAACACCCGCCCAAGCGACAACAGCCCCGCCACCAACCACAGCGACAUCGAUGAAUGCUCCAACAGUCACACCCGGGGCACAAGAGUGUCAUACCGAUCUAAAUUCUCAUUGUGAAGUUUGGGCGGGAAGAGGCGAGUGUGAAAAAAACCCGCUGUGGAUGAUAUCGAAUUGUUGUGUUAGUUGUAAACAUCAUCAGGCGCCAAAAGACUGCACUGAUGUUUCUCCAAGCUGUCCUCACUGGGCGUUUACGGGAGAAUGUGAAGUCAAUCGAGCAUGGAUGCUGCAAAACUGCAGAAAAAGUUGUAAUCAAUGCGGAGAUUGUAAAGAUACAGACGCAAAGUGCCCAAUUUGGGCUUUACUAAAACAAUGCAAGUAUGGGGACAGAAUAUCGUGGAUGAACACAAACUGUAGGAAUAGCUGUGGCAUGUGUAAAGGUUAUGACAAACACGAUCAAUGUCCCGCCUGGUCUGCGAUGAACGAAUGUAAAAGAUCCAACUGGACAUGGAUGGUAGAUCACUGUCCACGAAGCUGUGACGUACCUUUUUCAGAAGCCUCGUUUUGCGGUGGAAAAGAAAACGGUAAUUAUCAGGCCCCCACCACGUGCCAAGCCUACAUAGCGUGUUCAUAUGGCGUCACAAGUCACGUGCAGUGCCCCGGAGGAAAGAAAUUUGACACUGUAAGGAGAAUGUGUGUGGAGGCAGAUCGAGCCAGCUGUUCUGUAGUUUGCCCGAAAAGUUUUUUUUUUCAGUUGAACAAACUAACAGAGAGAAAGGGCAAGACUCAAAGGUCAAUACCUAUCUUAAGUUUAUCAAGAAAAGCUUUCACGAGAUGCAGUUAUCAGCUUUCAGCGGCUGAAUGAAAUUAUUAGUUUCACUGAUGAACCACAUUUAACUACGGCAAAAAUGAAAUUUCCGUGUAUUCUUCUUUUAUUUGAAAGCAGUUUGUAUACAGUUAACCCUUGUUAUGGCGUAAACCUCAUUACGUUUUCCUCUGUUAUUUGUCUGAUUAUUUAUCAAUUUUUUAAUUCAUUAAUCUAUUUAUUUCUAUAUUAAUUUCACAACUUAUUCAAUGAUUUACUUAGUUUUUACAAAAAACACAAAAUUUAAUAAGGUACAGCACCUAAGUAUUUUGAUUAUCUGAAGACACUCGAUUGAUAAAAAGUGGGUCUCUCAAAGCACAUUUUUAGUAAUCAAGAUCAAUAUUAAUGUAUCAAUAUGAUAUCAAAUAUCAUACAACAACAGAUUUGUCGUUUUAAACGUUCAGUAUAAUAAAGUUACAUGAUCACAA